GAGGGAGACGGGGAGAGAGAUAUGGAGAGAGCGAGGGAGACGGGGAGAGAGAUAUGGAGAGAGCGAGGGAGACGGGGAGAGAGAUGUGGAGAGAGAUAAACGCAGCAUCUCAACGUAGGAAAAUAAUGUAAAACACGUUAUAUUUUGUGAGUUUGUUGGCAAGUCAGCGCUGUGGUUGUCAACAAGAGAGCCUUAAAGUGGACUGAGAAGCCCAAAGAGUUAGAAACGAGGGAAACGCUCCCUCGUAAAAGUUCAGUUCUGACUGAGGUUCUGCUGCUGAGGUGUGCACUAGACUCCGCUAGCAUUAGCCCCAUCGGCUAACAGCACUCCGGUCAGCUAAAGUUCGCUUCCCCAGUGGACUGAAUCAGCGAGACUGAGUACCAGGUACAAGUGCACCGUUUUCACCUCCACCCUCACCAGAUAGCGGUCUGAGCUGCCGCGAGGCUCAGACUUCCUCUGGCAACGCUGGAUUUCCCUCUCAGAGGCAAGACUGCAGCUCUCUACUCCAUUCCACUCCACGGACCUGAGUAGGCCAAGUGUUUCUUCUGGCGCGAAAGUUCGCGAAGCGGCCAUUUAGUUGAGGCCACAACGUUCUCUACAAGCAGCUAUUCAGGCCUGCAACGUACACACACACAGACACUACAGAAAAAGGGAAAUGAAAAUAUUCUCCUGAAAUUCAUCACCAACAACCAGGAUAUUUAUCAAAAGAUCAAAGUUAAACUGCUGAAAGAGGUGAAGCACAAGCCAUCCAGAAGAAUCUCCAGAACACGCAGAAAUUGUUUGAUGCAGACAAAUAAAGCAAAGUCCCAACAUGGAGAGAUAUCAGCACUCUGUCAAGAGUUUUACUAAACAGAGUGAUCUCAAAAAACACCAGCGCAUUCACACAGGAGAGAAACCGUAUCACUGCUCAGACUGUGGGAAGAGUUUUACUGUACAGGGUAAUCUCAAAAUACACCAGCGCAUUCACACAGGAGAGAAACCGUAUCACUGCUCAGACUGUGGGGGGAGUUUUAAUCAACAGAGUCAUCUCAAAAUACACCAGCGCAUUCACACAGGAGAGAAACCGUAUCACUGCUCAGACUGUGGGAAGAGUUUUACUAAACAGAGUGAUCUCAAAAAACACCAGCGCAUUCACACAGGAGAGAAACCGUAUCACUGCUCAGACUGUGGGAAGAGUUUUACUGUACAGGGUAAUCUCAAAAUACACCAGCGCAUUCACACAGGAGAGAAACCGUAUCACUGCUCAGACUGUGGGGGGAGUUUUAAUCAACAGAGUCAUCUCAAAAUACACCAGCGCAUUCACACAGGAGAGAAACCGUAUCACUGCUCAGACUGUGGGAAGAGUUUUAAUCAACAGAGUCAUCUCAAAAUACACCAGCGCAUUCACACUGGAGUAAAACCAUAUUACUGCUCAGACUGUGGGAAGAUUUUUACUACCCAGAGUAAACUUAAACAACAUCAGCGCAUUCACACAUUAGAGAAACCAUAUCACUGCUCAGAUUGUGGGAAGAGUUUUGCUACACAGAGUGCUCUCAAAAUACACCAGCGCAUUCACACAGGAGAGAAACCGUAUCGUUGCUCAGACUGUGGGAGGAGUUUUACAGCACAGAGUAAUCUCAAAAUACACCAGCGCAUUCACACAGGAGAGAAACCGUAUCACUGCUCAGACUGUGGGCAGAGUUUUAAUCAACUGGGGAACUUCCAACUGCAUCAGCGCAUUCACACAGGAGAGAAACCGUAUCACUGCUCAGACUGUGGGAAGAGUUUUAAUCAACUGGGGAACUUCCAACUGCAUCAGCGCAUUCACACAGGAGUAAAACCGUAUUACUGCUCAGACUGUGGGAAGAUUUUUACUACCCAGAGUGAUCUUAAAAAACACCAGCGCAUUCACACAGGAGAGAAACCUUAUUACUGCUCAGACUGUGGGAAAAGUUUUACUACCCAGAGUGCUCUCAAACAACAUCAGCGCAUUCACACAGGAGAGAAACCGUAUCACUGCUUAGACUGUGGGAAGAGUUUUACUAAACAGAUUAAACUCAAAAUACACCAGCGCAUUCACACAGGAGAGAAACCAUAUCACUGCUUGGACUGUGGGAAGAGCUUUAAUCGACUGGAGACUCUCAAACUGCAUCAGCGCAUUCACACAGGAGAGAAACCGUAUCACUGCUCGGACUGUGGGAAGAGUUUUAAUCGACUGGGGAACUUCAAACUGCAUCAGCGCAUUCACACAGGAGUAAAACCGUAUGAGUGCUCAGACUGUGGGAAGAGUUUUACUUCACAGAGUGAUCUCAAAACACACCAGCGCAUUCACACAGGAGAGAAACCGUAUGAGUGCUCAGACUGUGGGAAGAGUUUUACUACACAGAGUCAACUUAAAAAUCACCAGCGCAUUCACACAGGAGAGAAACCGUAUCACUGUUCAGAUUGUGAGAGGAGUUUUGCUACACAGAGUCAACUUAAAAAUCACCAGCGCAUUCACACAGGAGAGAAACCGUAUCACUGCUCAGUCUGUGGGAAGAGUUUUAAUCAACAGAGUCAUCUCAAACGACACCAGCGCAUUCACACAGGAGAGAAAACUGUCCCAAAUUUGUUCCACGGCAAUAAAAAGCGCAAAUCGUAAAUCUUUCAGACAGAACACCUUAUCCUACACAAAUGUUUCACUUUGUCACUAGGGAUACGUUCCACCAGAAACAAACAUGAACAGAAUUUAACAAUGGAUUUUACAGGUUCAGCAAAAUGAAUCUGAUCCAGCGAUGAUGUUUAUUGAAUUUAAUGUUAUGUUUUCUCGUAUGUUUGAUAUUCCAAGACAUUCUUCGUGAGUUUUUAGGUCAGUUUUUAGGGUAGUUACGGUAGGAGUUCAGUUCUGAAGAAGGGAAGGUUGUUUAAGUUCGAGUGAGGGCACUGCCAGUGUUUGCACCAAAUGUUAGAUUAGCAUAAUUUAGUCCUUAAAAUGUAGAUGUUGUUAGGAGUACAGUAGGAUUCUUAGUCUGCAACUAAGCAUUUUGGAUCAAACCUUCAGUGCUUAUGCCUAAAAGGUUUUGAAUGCAUUUAAUCGCUUUUCUAGUAUAUACAGAUUUAAUUAUUUCCGUUAAUUUCCAGUAUCUCUGUUUUUCCUCUGUGGAAGCCGUCCUCAGUUCCCCAAGCUUAGCAUAGCUUAGUUCAUGCUAUCAACUGCCAGGCCACCCAUAUGAAAGGAUAAGGGGAAAACACCACCUGAGGAACUCCAGAGAGAGUGUGCUUCCAAAAGUGUGACCCAGAGCCACAGAGAGACGACACUGUGCCGGGUGGAGCAUUCAGACCCCACAGAAAGGCCAACAAAAUCUUUUCCAGAGGUUAAAUAAAACGCUCCAGCCGUAGUUCUCACACUGAAAUCAACUCCCUCCAGACCUGUAUAGCGCAGUAAAGUUGCUGGCUCAUUUAUUGCCCCUGCUGUUGUUCUCUCUGUUACCAUAGAGGGAUAUUUGGUUAAUGUUUAACUCAAGUUUUUUACUCUUUUUCUUAUUAGAUAUUGUAUCUUGCUUAAGACUUUUUAAUCUCCAAAGUUACUAAGAAUAUCCAAUUAAUUUAGUUCAUUGAUUGUUUUUUAUCCAGUAACAACUAUUAUCCUUGCAUUGCUUCACAUCUAUAUUUACUAGGGGUGCAGGAAAAAAUCGAUUGGAGCUAACAUUGAACGAUUCAGAAUCGAUUCUCAUUUUCCUAAAAACGUGUUUUUUGGGUGAAGCUACUGUCGCGCUGAGCUUUUUAACUGUCCUGCGGAGCUCUUUAACUGUUAAAAAGCUCUGCGCGACAGUAGGUGAACUCCCAGUUAGGCAACAGAGGGGUGUGCAUGCUAAAAGCUAGUGUAUUUAGUAUUUUCUCUGCUUGUUACAUAAUUAUAGCCUAUCUAACGUUCCACUCUUGACCUUGUGGCUGUUUAUGAGUGUUUUCUAGUUUUAACAAUGUCUACCUUUUAGAAAUGAAUACAGGAUUAGUCAAGUUUAUUGUUUGAAAUAAAUGUUCUAUUUGUUUAAAUUGUCCUUUCAUCUUUUUAUCUUCUCACAUAAUUUAAACAAAAUUUAUAGGCCAUUUGAAUUGAUAAAUCAUUCUAGAAUCGAAAAUCGUUUCUGAAUCGAAUCUUGACCCCAAAAAUCGGAAUCAAAUCAAAUCGAAACACUGAGAGAUUCAUACCCCUAAUAUUUACUCGUGUGUGUUUCAAUAAAAUUCUUUUAUAUUGCAAGAUCUGCAAUCUCGUGUUUUCUCACUAUAUGGUUGAUAACCUUUCUGUGACCUGGAACCUAUCCAUCCUGGGCCUGUUUUAUGUUAUUAUUUGGUGAAGGGUGUGAUUGGAGGUAACCACACCUGCACACUCUUAUUUUUACUUCUAUGUUUUAUACAUUUAUAUAUACAGUUAUUACUUUUUUCUGUUCACUUAAUAAUUUAUUUAAAAACUGCUCUCUUUUUAACUGUCACAAUGACGCAGGGCUUUGGAGGUUGUUUGUACUUUUUCAGAAAUCAGGAAGGUCAGAGUGUUUUCAUCAACAGUGAGAGCUGUGAGGAGAACAUGACCCUGAGUGGCAGAGAAGCUUCACUGCUGUUCUGGGACCAGUGCAUAUGAACUAGGAGACAACAAGCUCUCUGAGUGAAGUGCUGGGAACCUCUCCUCAGAUAGCCAGCGCAUGCCUGUUCUACACGCCGUAAAGUCGCACACAUGCCAGAAGAUCUUCCCAUCCACUCUUUUCCUCUGUUUCAUCUUCUCACAGACUUUAGGGCACAUAAGGAUUGUUUGGAACACAAGGACUGUCUGCUGUGUUCAUGAAGGACACAGAGCUGAACAACAUCAUGAUAAGAACUUGUUGCUCAGACAGGCUGGAGCUGAUCACAUCAUUGGAACAACAAGCUGUUAACUGGACUGGAUAAAUGUAUAACUGCUUGGAUUAAGUCUGGAGGGCUCCCUCUCUUUCUCUCUCUUUGGGUUGUGAAUGUGUUGAUCUAUCACGAUUUUAUUACACUAUGUGUUCACUCGUUGAUGUACUUUUACUCUUUUCUAAUAUAUAUUUAUAUAUAUAUGUAAUGCUGAAACUAUUUUUCCAGUAAACUUUCAUACAUUUUAAAUUCUAA